AUGACUCGCGGCGUGUCAGGGCUACGAUACCUUUGGUAUCUACUUUUUCUCUUCGCUGUCUGGAUUCUAUCCUUUUCCAUCGGCACCUUGGUGGGGGAUGUGGGUCUCGUCAAGCUCGACGAGUUGAAUCUGAGCCCUGUCAAGCAUUUGAUCGAGGCCUAUGGAUCGAAAGUGGAAAAGGAAGAAUUUCAGAUGUUCCAGGACAAGGUUGCCAUCCUCCCGCCGGACGCGGGGGGGCUCACCCACUUUGGAAACAUGGCUUUACGCGUCAUGCAACGGCACAUGCACGCGCAAAGCCGUCAAGCGUCAGGGCCUCCUGGGGAUGGACAGGGGGGGGAGGAAGAUGCUAUCUUGCCCGUCCUGCAUGUGGCCAUAACCCUCUUCCACCACGCGAUCAGACUCACACGUCACAACGGUGCCCUAUCAUCGCUCGGUGUCCUCUGGAAGCUCUACCCGCGUUGA